AGAGCCAAGCCUCCUAAGGAACAAAGAAAUGACAAUUUUGUCUUGGCCUGGAGACAGAAAGAAAAGGAACUCCUUGAAAAUACUAAUUUAAUAAAGCUGUUUGACCAGUACUGCAAGGUCUACAGAUGGCAGCAACACAAAGAGCAAAAGUGGCUGCACAGUGAUGUGCAGAGAAAGGUUAAUGCGACAAUGCAGGAGUAUCUGGCCAGGAUUGAUGAGAGGAGAGCGAGGCUUUGUGAGCUUCUGGACGCAGAGGAAAGCAGGUACUGUGCUGAGAUGGAGGCACUUGAAGAAACAGCAGAGGAAAAACAAGCAAAGAUGAAGAAGAGAGCAAAAUUACUGAAAGAGAAGAGAGAAGAGGAGAGACAACAACUGGUGGCUGAAAAACAAGAGCAGCAAUUCAGAGAACAAUCUGAGGAGCUUCGUACACUGUGGAUGAAGCAACAUCAGAAGGAAGUGUUUGAAGACCAGCUGGCCCAGGUAGCACUGAAGGAGGAGUUGGAAAAGCAGCAGAAGGAGGAGGAGGAGAUAUUUGAAGAACUUUUGAAAGAGGAUGUGUUAGCAAAGGAAAAGCAAGAGGCAGUGAAGAUGCAGAAAGCAGCAGAACAGAAUCGGGAAACCCUGAAUGCGCUCAGUGCCCAGGUAGCAGUGCUCAGUGCUCACAAAGAGGAGGCGAAGUGGCUGAAGGAGGAAGAGGCUCGAUUGCUGGAAGAAGAGCAGCAGCUGCUGAAACUAGAAAACGAACAACUUCAGAUGGAGAAACUACAAAAACAGAGGGAAUGCAGGGAUAUGUUGCUUAGUGCAGCACAGGACAGGAAGAAUCGUCUUAAUGAAGAAAAACGAGUUGAACUUGCCUUAGAGAUGAAGAUCUUAGAAAAAGCUCUUCAGGACCCCCAGCAGAAGAUUGAGAAAGCAAGAAGAAAACAAGAGCUGUUAAAGGAGCAGAAGACUUACCUGGCACACCUGGCUCAACAGCUGGAGGAGGAGAACCAGCGAGAAAAAGAAGUGGACAAGAUCAUCGAUGGGGAGAUGGCGAAGAUUUGGGCCAAAAAGGCUGAGCAAUUGCGUCUAGAAAAGGAGGCUAGAGAGCAGCUCCUGAAUGAUGUCCUGAAGACAAGGCAGCUGCAGAUUCAGGAGAAGUUGCAGAGAAACAUAAAGGAGCAGGAAGAACUUGCUCAAGAGAAGAAGUUAUUAGCUGAAGCAAUCGCAGAACUCAAGCAAACAGAAGAAGAAAAAUAUGCAAGGAAAGUAAAAGAAGCAAAAGAAUACCAGGAGCAACUCAGGGCUCAAAUGGCCUAUCGACAACAGGUCCGUGAUGCUGAGCAAGAAGAGAAGCAGCAAGAUUAUGAAUCAAGUCUAGAAGCAGAGAGAGCUUACCAAGAAAAGGUACAGGACAUUCUAUCAACACCUCGUGAGAAAAUAGCAAAACCCCACCCUUUUAGAAGAAAACUAAUGUCUUAA